UCUUGUUUACUCGGAUGACCGAGCAUGAAUUAUGAGGUGGCUAAUCAGACAAUACCAAAUGGCAAUAUGGAGGCUGGUGUCCAGCCAAUAAAAAUUAGCAAACGCUAUUAGAGGAACCUCCACCAGCUAUCAAAUGUCAGCCAGCACCGAGAACUUGCUGUUAUAAUUCAAUGCAAAUGAAGCUGUUUCACGAGCGAUUAAACCCAUCUUUUGUCUCUCUUCCCUCUAGCUUCAUCCAUUUUUAAAACGUAAAACAUAGAACGCACUAUAUAUAUCACUCCUUUCUAUCGUAGACAAUAAUGGCGGUGCUUUUCAGCAUCCUUUUUCAUGGUGUGGGUAUCUUACUAGAUCACCUCAGCAGUGCUUGCCUCGCCAAGCUUUUAUUUUCUAUUGGAGCUCUUCUGAUAGGCUACAAAUCCAUCUACGCAAUAUUCUUUUCGCCGCUUCGCCAUAUUCCUGGCCCCUUUCUUGCACGCAUUACAUGCAAGCGCAACCAGAUAAUCAGUGUGAUUGGCAAAAGUGGACAAUAUGCGCAACACGAAUACGACACAUACAGCGAGCUCUACUUGCUGGAACCCUAUGCUGUGGCUAUUUCGAACCCAUCGGAUGUUCGCAUUGCUCUUGGUUCACAUGAUUUCCGCAAAGCCAGCUUUUAUGAAGCAGUGGACAUUUUUGGAAUUCCAAACACGUUCAGUACCACAGACCCGGGCUUUGCUGUCAUGAGAAGACGUCAGCUAGGGCCAUAUUUCAAUCCAGUAUACCUAGGGAAGAUGGAGCAUGCAGUUUUGAAACAUGGAUACCUUGCGUUGAAGGAUUUGUGGGAAGAGCGGAUUGCUCAAAGUGCCAACGGCAAGGUCAACAUCAAUUACAUGAACGACUUCAGCCUCGCGACCUUCGAUAUUAUCGGCGCUUUAGCGUUUGGCCAAGAAUUCAACAGUCUCAAGCACAACGACGACAAGGUGGCCAAAUGGGGCACUGCAACAAUCAUUUUGAAUGUCGCUCGUGCAGCUUUCCCGCUCACAAAGUACUUCCCGUUCUCACUGCUUCUCCGACCCCUGGAGGUGAGAUUCAGAUGCCUAUCAGAAUUCUGCGGCAAAGCAAUUGCCAGCCGCAAGGAACUGCUUCGUACCGGCGCAGAAAAGCCUGUCGACCUCCUUCAGACUUUUAUUGAUGCGGAGGACCCGGAGUCGAAGACCAGAAUGGACAGCCUCCAAGUCAAGGUUGAAUCAAUCAUUGCCAUGAUUGCAGGCAUCAAUACGACGACAGUCUCGCUCACAUGGACUCUAUUUCACCUGAUGGUCCACCCCGAGAUCUAUGUGAAGGCAAGAGAUCAGGUCCGCAGCAACUUCCCUGUCGCCCAUGUCAUCACCUAUGCUGAAGCCAGAAGCAAGCUGCCGUUCGUCGAAGCGUGUCUAUACGAAUCCCUUCGCCUCUGCCCUGUAUUCGGUGGUUAUCUUCCUCGUGUUUCACCUCCAAGUGGCAUCACACUUCAGGGCCAUUUCAUACCUCCUGGAGUUGAGAUUCAUGUCAAUUUCCCUGGUGUCAAUCACCAUGUCGGCACAUGGGCGGACCCGCUAAAGUACGAUCCGACCAGGUUCCUCAAUAACGACGAAGCUUACCGGAACCUGCUCACCUUUGCCCCUGGUGUCCGCGUAUGUCCUGGACGGCACCUUGCCAAAAUCGAAAUGUUGACCAUGCUGUCGAAUAUGCUGAAAGAUUUCGAUAUGGCGCUGCCUGAGGACUAUACCCAUCUUGGGUCAAAUGUCCUGGAUAGGAAUGGAUUUCCGAAGAAUAUGGAGCUUGCACGGAUGUCAAUCCUCGAGCCUGCAAACCCAAAGCGCGACUGUCGUGUGAUUCUUACCAAACGCUCAUAAUAGGAGUAAGGUGCAAUAGUAAAACCAAUUGAGGCGAUAAACGUGAAAUUAUUAAAUAUGAGGCGUGGAAUUGUUGGGAUACUGGUAAACUUAACG